UGAUGAGAGGUAGAUGGGGAAAGAGAGCCGGUGAUAAGCUUGGCCGGCGACUAGGGCGGCACCCCGCAGUAUGUCUUGAGCUCGACUGGACGGCCAUCCCACCUUUCUCCACUCGACGCGCCCUAUGAAGUGAUAAGGAGAUUUAUUUCCUUGAUAGCGCUCGUCUGUAGUAUAUCAAUCGCGCAUUCAAGCAGCGCGCGAACCUAGUUUUGAUCAAUUGCAACUUACACGACCUACUCAUUCACAGCUAGGCUCUAUCCCAUCCCAUCCCAACAUGGCACCCUCCGCUAUCCAGGCCGAACCAGCGCCCGUCGCGCAAACCAAGCAGGUCGUUCCACGAUCCAAAGACGACGCGACCAAGGAAUUGACGCCGCUGCAAGCCAUAUCCCAGGGUGUUUGCCUCCCCGGAAUCCCACUCUUCUCCUCGUAUGACAAGCAUCGCGCAUGGAUACUAUCACACAUGGCUGGCGCUUUCCGCGUCUUCGCACGGAACGGCCUGACCGAAGGCAUGAGCGGUCACAUUAGUGUGAGAGAUCCCGAGAAUCCACACACUUUCUGGACCAACCCGCUCGGAAAGCAUUUUGGUCUCCUCAAGGCAUCGGACAUGGUCCUUGUCGAUUACGACGGCAACGUAGUAGGAGGCAAUCAAAGCAGGCCCGCAAACGCAGCAGGCUUCCUUAUACAUUCGGCGAUACACAAGGCGAGACCCGACGUCAACGCGGCAUGCCACUGUCAUGGAAAGGCAGGCAAAGCGUGGAGUGCCUUUGCAAAGCCAUUGGAAAUGCUGAAUCAGGACGUAUGCUACUUCUACGGCGAUGCACAAGCCGUAUAUGAAGACUUUGGUGGCGUCGUCUUCAGCGAAGAAGAGGGCAAGAAGUUGGCCUCGGCUUUGGGGGCAAAGGGCAAAGGCAUGGUCCUGAGAAAUCAUGGCUUGCUGACCGUGGGAGGUACCGUUGACGAAGCCGCGUUCCUCUACACCCUCAUGGAACGCUCUUGCGAUGUCCAACUCAAGAUUGAGGCAGCAGCAGCCAAUGGUGUCCCCAAGGUAUACGUUGACGAUGAUGCAGCUGCAUACACAUUCAAGAUGGCGAGCGACGCUGAAAGCUUGUACUGGGAGUUUCAGCCGGAUCUGGAAUACGAGUACCAAAUGAGCAAUGGUGCUUUCGCGCAUCCUGACUGCGACGAGGUAGUAUGGCCGGGUUACUGAUCGCCAAGGUUUGGUACCGCCGUGAUCUACAUCAGUACGAGGAGUUGGUGUUUUCUGACUUAUACCACCAAUGCGACAACGAGUCCUCAAAGAAUGCACUAUCGUUUGCUCUGUAAGACCCCAAUGUGAAUAACGCCGAACCGCUGAAUGGAUACCUUGGGCACAAGUCAGCCAACAUGGACAAA